GCUGUGGCUGUGGCGGCGGCAGUGGCGGCGGCGGCGCGCGCUGCGGACAAGAGAGAGUGUGGAGGCGCGGACGCGCGGCGGAGCUCGAGCUGCUGCAGCUGCUGCCCGCCGCCAGAGUAACCUCGAUCCCGGAGCUCCGGAUACCGGUGCCUCGCCAUGGCUGACCAGCUGACCGAAGAGCAGAUCGCAGAGUUCAAGGAAGCCUUCUCCCUCUUUGACAAAGACGGAGAUGGCACCAUCACUACCAAGGAGUUGGGGACUGUGAUGAGAUCGCUGGGGCAGAACCCCACUGAGGCUGAGCUACAGGACAUGAUCAACGAGGUGGACGCUGACGGCAAUGGGACCAUUGACUUCCCAGAGUUCCUGACCAUGAUGGCCAGGAAGAUGAAGGACACAGACAGCGAAGAGGAGAUACGAGAGGCCUUCCGUGUCUUUGACAAGGAUGGGAAUGGCUACAUCAGCGCCGCUGAGCUGCGUCAUGUCAUGACGAACCUGGGGGAGAAGCUAACGGAUGAGGAAGUGGAUGAGAUGAUCCGAGAGGCUGACAUCGACGGAGACGGCCAGGUCAACUAUGAAGAGUUUGUACAGAUGAUGACUGCGAAGUGAAGGCCCGGGCAGCUGGCCAUGCCCGGCUCCUCCUGAUCUCUUCUCGCGCUCUUCUCUCUUCAACACUCCCCCUGCGUACCCGGUUCUAGCAAACACCAAUUGAUUGACAGAGAAUCCGAUAAAGCAACAAAAAGAUUUGUCCCAAGCUGCAUGACUGCUCUUUCUCCCUCCUCCUGACUGUCCCUCCAUGUCCCUCAUUGCUUCCUUUGGCCUCCCCCCUUUCCCCUUCCCCCUUCCAUUCCCAUUUUCCAGGCCUGAUGCAUUCAUAAGGUGAACUCCGUUGCCCUGGGGAGCCUCUGCCCUCCUUAUCCAGCCCGGAUGGCUCUCCUCUGUUU